UUGUUGACAGGAAGAGUGUGGAAGCCACCGUAGUCACUCGAACUCGAACCUGCAGUGGUUUUAACCUGUGAAACUGAUUUCGCCCGUGGAACCGACGGAGUUCUCAUUCGCCCAUGCCCUCGUUGGUGUGCGAACUUAAACUAUGCUCUGUAAGAUCGAGCCAGGGCAAAGAUGCAAUGGAGGUCAAUAGUGGUUGGUCUGGUCGUGCUGAGACUCUCCCUCAGCUGUGUACUGUGGCUAGCUUUCGGACUGGGACCUAACGUGAGCUGCGGGUUCAACUUCCCCCUUGGAUUCAAUUUGGGCAAAUUAGACUUGUUGUUCAGGGAGGGGAAGGCGAGCGACCAGAGGGGCAACUCUUGGUCUCAGCGCAUACGCGGACACAGCUAUGAAGAGCCGGCGAGUACGUGUACACACGUUGAGGAGGACUCACCCAAGAGGUCCUACCUGAGCUUCUUCGACGGCAACAAGGACGAGUACGUGCGGCGAUACAGCUCCUUCCCCGACACGCUGAAGACGAAAAUGAAAGCCAUGGCCAAGGAAAUGUUCUAUUUCGGAUACGACAAUUACAUGAAAUACGCCUUUCCCGAGGACGAGCUGAAUCCCAUUGACUGUGAAGGACGGGGACCGGACGUGCUCAACCCGUCAAACAUCAACAUAAACGAUGUCUUGGGGAACUACUCUCUUACACUGAUUGACACCUUAGACACUCUGUUGGUGCUUGGCAAUGUGACAGAGUUCCAGAGAGCCGUCAAGCUGGUUAUAGAUACUGUAUCUUUUGACAAGGACUCAACGGUGCAGGUGUUUGAGGCAAACAUCAGGAUCUUGGGCAGCCUUAUCUCGGCUCAUAUCCUGCUGACUGACCCAAAGCAUCCAUUUGGCAAAGUGGGCCUUGAAGGUUAUGACAACGAGCUGCUCCACUUGGCUCAUGACUUGGCCGUCCGCUUACUGCCGGCCUUUGAGAACACCAGCACAGGCAUUCCUUACCCCAGGGUAAACUUGAAGACCGGCGUCCCCUCUGAUAGCGUCAACGAGACUUGCACUGCAGGAGCCGGGUCCCUACUGGUGGAGUUUGGGAUUUUGAGCCGCUUAAUUGGGGAUUCCACAUUUGAAUGGGUAGCCAGGCGAGCUGUGAGAGCUCUUUGGAAUCUGAGAAGCAACAAAACCGGUCUGUUAGGGAACGUUGUUAAUAUCCAAACAGGCCAGUGGGUUGGCAAGCAGAGCGGGCUUGGAGCUGGUAUGGACUCGUUCUAUGAAUAUUUGCUCAAGUCAUACAUCCUUUUCGGUGAAAAAGAGGACUACAGGAUGUUUCAAGCUUCUUAUGAGAGUAUCCAGAACCACAUGCGGAGAGGGAGAGAGUCCUGUAAUGAAGGAGACGGCGACCCUCCUCUCUAUGUGAACGUGAACAUGUUCAGUGGUGAAAUCAUGAACACGUGGAUUGACUCGCUGCAGGCCUUCUUUCCCGGGCUGCAGGUGCUGAAUGGUGAUGUAGAUAAUGCCAUCUGCCUGCAUGCCUUCUACUAUGCCAUCUGGAAACGCUUUGGGGCUUUGCCAGAGAGAUACAACUGGCAGCUGCAGGCUCCUGACGUGCUCUUUUAUCCCUUAAGACCAGAACUGGUGGAGUCGACUUAUCUGCUGUACCAGGCGACCAAAAACCCUUUCUAUUUGCAUGUCGGAAUGGAUAUUCUGCAGAGCCUUGAGAAAAAUGCCAAAGUCAGGUGUGGUUACGCCACUCUUCACCACGUCGUCGACAAAUCCAAAGAGGAUCGCAUGGAGAGCUUCUUCCUCAGCGAGACCUGCAAAUACCUUUACCUUCUAUUCGACGAGGACAACCCACUUCACAAAUCUGAUAACAAGUACAUCUUCACCACAGAGGGCCACGUCGUGCCUAUAGACCAACGCUUCAGGGAGAAACAGUGGGACGACAUGUUCCCAUGUGAGGAGGGGGCGUUGGCGGAGCGAGAGCCAAACGCACAACCGCCUCUCGGCAACAUCAGCAAUUGUAACAGGAUCCCAGAGGAGCGACGGUACACUCUGCCACUGAAAAGCGUCUACAUGAAGCAGAUCGAUCACAUGGUGGGGCUGUUUUGAGACAAAGAAUGAAGAAUGAAGCUGUGAAGCAGCCUUCGCUUUCGUCCUCCCGACGUGCAAAACGCAGCGAGACACCAAACUGCUGGUCAAAAAACCCUCAGCUGCUUAGAAUCCAGACGGGAAACUGACAAAGCAGUUUGUUUCCUUGCUGUAUUAAUUAAAAGUUCUCUGGGUGUGUGAGCAAUGGAAACAAUGGUUCCUGCUUGAAGACGACAAAGAGGAGGAGUCGCCAUGCGUCACCAAUUUUUUUUGUUUUGGCUGGUGAUAAAUUGAGACUGUGGUUUUUUUAGAAUUACUAGAUGUGUGUGUCUGUUCAGUGUGUGUCUACUUUUGUGUGAAUGUGUUCACACGACAGCUAAGCUGUGAAUAAUACAGUUGUGUUUAAGGGAACAGUGCCAUCUAGUAGCCACACAUGAUGUAAAAUGUAUUGCCUAUAAAAACUCACCUCUAGUUCAUUUUCUAAACGUGACGACCAGUGGAAUCUUGACUGCAUCGUCGCUGUUAUCUAAGGGCUACGUACGGAUAGGUGACGCCUCUUACACGCACUGUAAAACACUGCAUCCUGUGAGGUUUGCGAUGCAUUUUUCUUAGAUUGUGCCUAUAGGAAGUUUUUCGGGGUCUUUUGUAGACCUGAGGCUAGUUUGUCCAAAACUGUCGACACGGCUACUUUUGUCUGUCUCGCUUUAGAACAAAAUGAACAAUAAUCAAACAGUUUAGUUUCUCAACGUCUCAUAAAAGGGCAAACAAACGUGCCAUCAGUCUGUCUGUGUGUGUGUGUACUUGUAUUUGUUACCUCUUUUAGGACCUUUUUCUAGCAUUAACACUGACCUCGUCAGGACCAGUAGUCCUCAUGGAGACCAAAAACCUGGUCCUAAUGAGGCUCGGUGAACCUCAUUUUCUGAGGCGCUGGUUAGGAUUCGGGCUGAGAUUUGAAUUGUGGUUUGGUAAAAGUUAGGGCAAAUGAAUGGAAGUGUGUGUGUGAGAGGUUAAGGAAGACUCUUUGUGUUUUUAAAGUGCCUUCAAAUGAUUGUGGUCUUUCUCGAUGCUGUACAGUGCAAAUUAGUUGUGGUUAAUUUUGAGUAGAGUAUUUUUUUUGUUUUGAGGCCAAUGACAGAACUGCACAAUAGGGUUAAUCCAUAAAAUGUCUAUGUGACAGUUUUACAUCAUGACGAAAUAAGCCAUAAAACACAUUUUUUGUAAUGGUAAAUAAGUGAAAACAAACAUGUAUUGUUGUUA